CCGCUCCCGCCGCCUCCCCCCUCCCCCGUGUUGCUCCAGCUCCGCGCCGCCGCCAUGCCGUUCCUCGGGCAGGACUGGCGCUCCCCCGGGCAGAGCUGGGUGAAGACGGCCGACGGCUGGACGCGCUUCCUCGACGAGAAGAGCGGCGGCUUCGUGGGCGACCUCAGCAGCUUUUGUAAAAAGGAUGAUCACAACAAAGAGAAUCUCUUCAACAGCCUGAACUAUGAUGUUGCUGCCAAGAAGAGAAAAAAAGACCUGCUAAAUAACAAAGCCAAGACACAAUAUUUCCACCAGGAGAAGUGGAUCUAUGUUCACAAGGGAAGCACAAAAGAGCGCCAUGGUUAUUGCACCCUGGGAGAAGCCUUCAACCGGCUUGACUUCUCCAGUGCUAUCCUGGACUCCAGGAGAUUCAACUAUGUCGUGAGGCUGUUGGAGCUGAUAGCAAAGUCUCAGCUGACGUCACUGAGUGGCAUUGCCCAGAAAAACUACAUGAACAUUUUGGAAAAAGUGGUGCAGAAAGUCCUUGAAGAUCAGCAGAACAUCAGGCUAAUACGGGAAUUGCUGCAGACCCUCUACACAUCCCUCUGCACGUUAGUUCAACGAGUUGGCAAGUCUGUCCUGGUUGGAAACAUCAACAUGUGGGUGCACAGGAUGGAGAGCAUUCUCCACUGGCAGCAGCAACUGAACAACAUUCAGAUCACCAGGCCUCCCUUUAAAGGAACCACUUUCACUGACCUGCCGUUGUGUUUACAAUUGAACAUCAUGCAGCGACUGAGUGAUGGCAGGGACCUGGUCAGCCUUGGUCAGGUGGCUCCUGACCUGCAAGUCCUCAGUGAAGACCGGCUGCUAUGGAAGAAACUCUGCCAGUACCACUUCACAGACAGACAGAUUCGCAAACGGCUGAUCUUGUCUGACAAAGGACAGCUGGAUUGGAAAAAGAUGUACUUCAAGCUUAUAAGGUGCUACCCACGGAAGGAGCAGUAUGGUGACACACUGCAGCUGUGCAGGCACUGCCACAUCCUCUCCUGGAAGGGUACUGAUCACCCCUGCACAGCCAACAACCCAGAGACUUGCUCCACCUCUCUUUCACCACAGGAGUUUAUCAACUUGUUCAGGUUCUGAACUUGGGUCACCGCAGCUUAUGUGAUUCUUACAGGACACUUUAUGCCGCUGAGCUUGGACACUCCAUUUGUAAAUAGUGUAAAUAUUCGUGUUUGUUGGAAGCUCCUGAGUCAAGGAACAAGAAGAUCUUGGAGGUGAAAGGUGAAAUUGCUCACUGACAUGCAGCACUUAAAGAAUACAGACUUCCACAGGACUGGUGUAUAAAUACAGCGUGUUGUACAGAGUCCCUUUUUUAUCAUCAGAGUACAAUAUACAGGGCAAAAAACUUCUUUUUUUUUUGUUUUUUUAGAAGUUAAAAAUGAAUUUGCCCCACAACCAUUUGAGAACUCUUUUGGUUUGUUUCUAAUAGAAAGAAAGCAAUACUAGGCUAGGACUGUUGAACUGUUCCUCCAUCUGGUUUUAUUUAGCAUACAUAUUUAUAAAUAUGACGUUUUAAAAAUAUUUAUGAAAAUAUCCCUGUGACAAGUUUAAUAAUACUUUUAUGCUUUUAAAAGGACACAUUCUGAAAUACUUAGGAUAGAACUCUAGCCUACUUGCAAGACAGAAUCGCAACAUACCACGUUCUACCUCUAACAGAUUGAGUAUUUUCAAACAAAAAUCCAGUGUACAAUGUGAACUUUUGUAUUUUGUACAAUGAUUUAAAGGGAAAUGCUUGUGAUAGUAAGCAUCUUUUCUUGUAUUAGUGCUUACCUCUUUACAUUAGUUUUCUCGCUCUACUCAGUGCUUGAAUGCCUAGAUGAUAGGCACCGUAUAAAUACCUAAGACUUUACUCCAUCCUCUUUUAAUUUGUUGGCUUUUUGAAAGACCAAGCAAAAGGGAAAGGAGAAGCCACAAGGAUGACUAUUAUCUAUAAGGGAGGAAGUUCUAUAAUAGGGGAAACAAAGGACUGGAUUUAAUCUCAUAAGGUAAAUUUGUAUCAGCUCCACUGGGUUGAUUGCACUGGUUGAAAUCCCAAGUAAGGUUAGAAUCUGGUUUUUUUAAGCCCAUGUUUUCCAACAUAAACACUGCUCUGUAUUCCCACUGCUGUCAAGUGAAUUCAGUCAUCCUGGAGCUGGUAAAAUAUAGGGAGAACUGGGCCAUUGAAUCUUGUGAAAUGAUGCGGUUUUUAGUCACUGGAAGACUGGCAACAAAAUGUUUAGUUUCAGACUGUUGGAGUUUAGGGAGUGAUUAUUUAGUAGCCAGGACUGGGUUCAGCAAGGGAUUUCUGACACAGCACUUGACACAUCUUUGGUUACUUCUCCACGCCGGUGGCAAGGACCCAAAGAUCCUAAUACCUUCUGCUUCCAGUGCUAAGCUGCUUUAUGGGAUCUUCUAACCCUAAACUAGAGCUAAAUUUUCAGUCCUGCAGAGUAAGGGGCUUCACUUUUCCCCACGGUGGAGCUUGAAGAAUCCAGCUCAUACAGAGCCAUUUGAAAACCUGCAGUGGAAAGGUUUUGCUGUUUGCCAGUAGAUUUCCUGUAUAGCACUUUCUCUGUGCAUGAUGUAAGCAGGAUACCUCGGAAGGGUAAAUACUUAGUGGGUUGUGUGUGACUAUGUACGAAGAAUUGUGAGGAAGAGGAGUACUCAGGACAAUUCAGGAAGAACUACUUGAGUUAAUUAUUGUUAAAUAUUCUGUUCCUUUUUUUACAUUUUUAUAACUGACUUUCAACACUUUUCUGCAGCUGUUUGUAUUUAAAAAUAAUAGUAUUUGCAUUUUUGCAAACUAAAUCACUUUGCAUACUCUUGGAAGAGACACGGAAAGGGAAAAAAGCUGCCUCUAGAUGGAGCAGUGGGGAACAGGGGAGAAAAACAAGGAAAAUGCUGACAAGAACUUCCCUUCUCCUGCCACCUAACAGCAAAUCCAAGUUUUUGCUCUUUCAGAGAGCUCUGUGAGUCUGUGCCACCCUUAGCCAUGGCCCAGAGCUCAUCAGCCUCCAGAGCUGAGGAGAAAAUGUGCAGGAUAGGGAGCUUUAUCUUGAUGUUGAUGCCCCUCCAUCAGUUUGACUGCUGGUGGAAAGCAUAAGCCUGUGAUCAUAAUCAUGUCAACUGAAAGUGAUUUAAAAGCUGUUACCUUGGAAAAAUAAACUUGUGCUUGUCUUGGGGGAUGUUCGUGAGUGAAGGAGGCCAGUUUUUGUUUUCAUUCCCGCAUUGAUGGUGGGUAGACAAGGCUGAAAUCUGGCUUGCUGAGCGAGGACACUAAGAACAGAAACUUGCAAGUGAAGUGAGUGGAGCAUUGUCACUGAAUUGAAUUUGAAGGGUCCAGUAGCUCCUUUUUCCAGCAGUGAGAGGACCUGUCCCUCUUGACAUCUUCUGUUUCCAGCUCUGACUUGUGGUUGGUUUGUUUCACAGUUUUGUCUCUGCCACCCAUCAUGAGCCAACUUGUUGUGAUGGGAAGCAAGAGUAUUUUGGUAUGAAAUGCUGGGGGGUUAUGCCCAGUCUGCAUCUGUGUUGAGCAGAUGACACCCACUGUGUGAGAUUGUGACACUGAGUGAAUGUUAAGCUCAGGUUUGAAUCUGGCCUGCUGCAUUCCCUGUACAGCAAGACUGAAAAUCCCAGCAUUGAGCUGCAAUUGAGGAAUGUCUCAGGUGGAGCCAUUGCCUCUAUCAACUCUUCACUUGCCUUGAGCGAAGAGUUUAUUCUGUCUUCUGCCCAGAGAGCGUGGAUCAUGCUGACAAUAGAUUUACUGUGCAACUGAGGCUCCUAUUUAUAAAACUUAUUUCAAUUAGUGUGUUUUUUACUUCUUAGCAUUGGAAGGGUCGAAGUGCUGAAGCUGAUUUGUUAAUACAUAGACACGUGUGUUGCUUGUGUGGGGUCUUAAGAUAUUGCUGUUGGUGUCCAAACCAGCAGAACACCAAGCAACUGCUGUACUGGAGAACAAAACAGGCUAAGCAAAAAGCAAUAUAAUAAGGCUUAUUCAGUUACUGCCUCAGUCAUUACUGUCCUGCUGCAGCAACUGUCAAAGAAGACCUUGGUCUCUUUGGAGGCUCAUUGUUUCUCAAGUGGCUGGUACAGGGAGAUGUUGUGGUGAAUUCAGUCCUCUUGGUUUGUAUUUAGAACAAAAUGCUGUUGCAUCCAAAUACCUUAGUCUAACCAUUUAUAAACAAAGCAAUCAGUAUUUUAGCAGUGCAAAGGCAUCUGCUUGGCUGAGGAUGGCAGAGUAACAAAACUGACAGUGAUAACAGGGGCUUCCAGGCAGGAUGGUUUUAAGGCUGCUGUGAUGCAAAAAGGACCUCUUUAUUUUAAGACAAUUGUGGCAAAGCUGCUGUUGAAGGGAAAACAGACUUUUGCUUGUAUUUUGGAAAUAAUAGGAUGUUCUUUUCAAAUGACAUUUCACCUUCCAGUCAGUUGAUGCAUUCCCAUUAGACAUGCAUCAGUUCUUAUACUAGGAAAGGAGAGUUUUUUCCUCUCUUUGGGGUUUUCUCUUGCCAGCAUAUCCAGAAAAAUCUCACUGUCUUCAGAGGAUGUGUUAAACUAGUACAGCAACAUAGAACAUGGUGCUGUGAAGAGAAAAAAUAUAGAUCCAUGCUAGGGAGUAGGCUUAGGAAGGGAGAGAUCUCAGAGAUCUGUUUCAGCUUUCUAGAGGAGGGAGUUGUUUGGAGUUUGUUUUGAUGUGAUAGCCAUUUCAAGAGGCACAGUUCCAGCUGUACAUACCUUAAGCCAUUUAUACUAACUGCGGUAUGCUAAAGUUUGAUCAUAAAGAGUGUGUACCUCCUCUUAUGUUUUUUUGUUGUUUUGUUUUUUUUUUUUAACUGUGGGAAUUUCUAGAUCCUUUUAUUAUGUAAAGUGAUUAGGAAAAUAUGUAUUGCUCUGAAGACAUUGCUUUGUAUGUAAACAUUUAAUUGCACCCUGCCACUUUCUGUAUAUGGGAAUAUAUUUUUUAUUAUUUGCCCCUGGCUUUUGAACUGUUUGUAUUCCCAUUUCUGUUUGACUUCAAUUUUUCUUGUGAAUCUGUCACCUUCUAGAACAUAUGCAGGUACUAAACCAGCUUCUCCUGCCUGGAAAAUUCCUUGGCCUUCAGUAGCUCAAAUUUCAUUUAGAGCAGGAACGUUUCAAAUUCUGUUGUGUAGCAAACAAAUCAGGUGUGCUGUUUCACACUGAUCUCCUGGUCGGUACAGCAAACCAGCGUUGUCCUCCUUUAGUUUUUACAAACCUGUUGCACGGCUACCCUGUAGAUCAGCACCUUGCCAAAAAGACAUACCUUUAAAUUAAAAUGCCUCUCUUUCUAGCUGGCCUGUUUGCACAAGCAUAGGCCCUGUGGAGCUGAUGGCUCAUCAGGUUGUUACAGACUCCCUCGUACAAGGUUUGGGACCCUGGUGUUCUGCUUGUACUGUGUGUCUCAGCCCCCUGGUUAUAGUGAUGCUGGUUAAAGGCUCUGAAGCUGUGAUCAGCCAUCCACACAGCUGUCAGCACGUGGCUGCUGGGCUCCCUGAGUGUCUUUACCAGCACCUAAUUUCUAUUCUGUGUCUUCCUCCAGUGAUUUCACUGGUGGCAAAUCGGCUUUGCAGGAUCUGGCCCUAGGGAGAGCAAAUCCAUUUUGUCCUUGACACAUGCAGUCUCUAUUACAUAAAUACCUGGAACACCAGAGAAAUUCCCCCUUUAUUGACCAAGUGUUACUGCUUCUCCUCCUGGGAGGGCAACUGAGGGUAGAACUUGCAUUUUUUUAGCCAUCAUGUGCUGCACAGAAUGCUAACAGCUCUGCUAUCAAGAGAGCAUUUUAAUUUGAAAUAGCAAAGACGCUCAUCUUUAGGAACUAAUCUACAGUAAUUAUAAAUAUGUACUUAUAUAUGGAAGAGAGCGUGUGUUCUGUUUUGUUUUUCCUUAAAGUUGUAACUAGAGAUGAUAUGAAGUGAAAGGCAUCCCUUAUAUAAGACUUCUGUUUAAUAUUAUUGUGUGGUUAAAAUCCUUCCAUUAUGAAUUUGCACACUUUUUUUCCUCUUCCCUUGCAUGUUCAACUCUGAUUUUUACAGCUGUUCUGUGCAGACAGUAAUGUAUUUUUGUAAAACAUUUUUGACACUGAAUUGCAAUAAAUGUUCAAACAAUGUGAACCACA